AUGAAAAAGUUUCUUGGUACAAAAAGCGAUUUUCUGGGUAAGGAGUUCAAAUUGAAUAACAGACGUCUUGCUGUCGAGGACGUCAUUGCUGAAGGAGGAUUCUCGAUUGUAUUCCUUGUGUAUUGUGAGGCAGAUGGUAAGCAUUAUGCUCUGAAGAGAUUGUUUGUAAACGAAGACUCCAAGCUGAUGAUGUGUCGACAGGAAAUUGAAAUCACUAGGAAGCUAUCAGGCCACAAGAACAUAGCAGAAUGUCUGGACGCCUGCAUUACUGCUGUUGGUAAUGACGUCAAUGAAGUACUCAUACUACUGCAAUAUUAUAAAAGUCUCAUAGUGAGCAUCUUGGAUGAGAUGAAUGAAAGGUUGAACAGGAGGUACACAGAAUCUGAGGUGUUGAAGAUUUUUUGUGACGUCUGUGAAGCUGUUUCCAGCCUGCACCACAAUGCAGUUCCCAUCAUUCACAGAGACCUCAAAAUAGAGAACUUGCUGAGAGAUGGCAAGGGUAAUGUGAGGUUGUGUGACUUUGGUAGUGCCACCUUCACAGUCCUCAACCCCCUGGUGGAUGGCAUCGGUGCCGUCAGUGACGAACUUCAAAAGUACACGACACUACAGUACAGAUCACCCGAAAUGGUCGACCUCUAUAGCUAUCAAUCGAUCAGCUUCAAAUCUGACAUUUGGGCUCUGGGUUGUCUACUGUACAGGUUGUGUUUCUUCACAAACUGCUUCGGGGACAGUGUGAUGGCUAUCAGCAAUGGUCAGUUCACAGUUCCAGAUGAUUGCCCGUACAGUGACAGGCUCCUCAAGUUAAUUAAGUACAUGUUGCAGACAGACCCAGACGAUCGACCAGACAUUUAUCAGGUGUCUCACUUGGCCUUCACCUUGGCCAACAAAUUUCAAUGUCCUAUCUCUAAUUUUAAUGUUAGUUUUGAUAAUCAACGAUCUUGUAGAUUUGUACAUGAAAAGAAAUGA